GGAUGGGGCCGCGCUGAUCUCCCGGCUCGGCCCGGUCCGGCUCGGCCCGGUCCGGUCCGGCCCCGCCCCGCCCCCCCGCGCUGCUGCCGCCCGCCCCCAGCCAUGCUGGCCGCAGCAUGGGUCCUGCGGAGCACGACGCGCUGGCCGUGCGGGAGCAGCUCUUCCACGAGCGGGUCCGCGAGUGCAUCAUCUGUGCCCUGCUCUUCGCCAGCCUCUACAUCCUCUGCCACUUUGUCUUAACCCACUUCAAGAAGCAUGCGGACUUCGCCGAAGCUCACGACGAUGAGGAUGCUGCUGUCAACAGGAUUGCGCUGGGGCUGUGCACGUUCACGCUGGCCGUCUCGCUGGGCGCCGUGCUCCUGCUGCCCUUCUCCAUCAUCAGCAACGAGGUGCUGCUCUCCUUCCCGCACAACUACUACAUCCAGUGGCUGAACGGCUCGCUCGUCCACGGCCUCUGGAACUUGGUCUUCCUCUUCUCCAACCUGUCCCUCGUCUUCCUCAUGCCAUUCGCCUACUUCUUCACCGAGUCGGAGGGCUUUGCGGGAUCCAAGAAGGGCAUCAUGGCCCGGGUGUACGAGACGUCGGUGGUGGUGCUGCUGCUGACACUGCUGGUGCUGGGCAUGGUCUGGGUGGCCUCGGCCAUCAUGGACAACGAUGCCGCCAGCCGAGAGUCGCUCUACGCCCUCUGGGAGUACUACCUGCCCUACCUCUACUCCUGCAUCUCGCUCUUCGGCGUGCUGCUCCUGCUGCUGUGCACCCCCUUUGGCCUCUCCACCAUGUUCACCGUCAUGGGGAAGCUGCUGGUGAAGCCCCGGCUCCUGGAAGACCUGGAUGAGCAGUUGAGCUGCACGAGGUUUGAGGAGGCCUCCAUGUCCCGCCGGAUCUCGUCCGGCAAGGCCUUCUGCUGGCUGAACCUGAGCGUGGAGCCGCUGCGGGAGCGGCUCUUGGCCAUCCAGAGCAAGAGGCGCGCUCUGGAGCUGCGGCGCCGAGCCUCGCCCUGGCAGAGGAACCUGGGCUACCCCCUGGCCAUGCUGGGCCUCCUGGCGCUGACGGGCAUGUCUGUGCUCGUCGUCUGCUUCCACGUGCUGGAGCUGCUGCUGGACGAUGCGGCGAUGCCGCGGGGUAUCCAGGUACCGGAGCCUGCCGCCGGUGGGAGGGUCCUUGCAGGGGGCAGCAAGGAGCCGCAGCCCCCGGCCCGGGGAGCGCUUCCCCCCCCCCCCACCGAUGCACCUCCUUCCCCCCAGGACGCCUCCCUGGGCCAGGUCUCCUUCUCCGUCCUCGGUUCCUUCGGAGCUGCCCUGCAGGUCGUCCUCAUCUUCUACCUGAUGCUCUCCUCCGUCGUGGGCUUCUACAGCUCCCCGCUGUUCACCCGGCUGCUGCCCCAGCGGCAGGACACCCCCCUCACCAAGAUCAUCGGGAACUGCGUCUCCUUGCUGGUGCUCAGCUCUGCCCUGCCCGUCUUCUCCCGGACGCUGGGGAUCACCCGCUUCGACCUCCUGGGGGACUUCGGCCGCUUCAACUGGCUGGGGAACUUCUACAUCGUCUUCCUCUACAACACGGUCUUCGCCGCGCUCGCUGCCCUGUGCCUCGUGAAGAAGGUCACCUGGGCCGUGCAAGCCGAGCUCAUCGGCGCCCUCGGUGAGGCCGGCGCGGGCGGCGAGGCCGGGGCCGCGGGGGACCCAGCGCCCCGCUCACGCCUCUCCCUCCGCCCAGGUCUGCACAAGCUGCCGCUGCCGGUGCUGCGCGCCCGGCCCCUGGGCGAGCCCGCCUAGGGCUGGGGGCCGCGGGCCGUCCCCGCCCUGCCCCGCGCCGCACCACGCGUCGCUGCGCGCCCCGAGCCCGCCGGGGCCUCGUGCCGGCAGAGCCUCCGCGGCCUCCCGGGAGCCCCGGCCCGGCUCGACCUCCCCCGCUGCCGCCCCGGGCCCCCUCGCCGGGGCGGGCCGGGGGCUGCGCUGGCCGCAGCCCUCGGCCCCCUUUAUAUACCUCAUGCAACGCUGCUGCGGCCCCCUCCCCCCGGCCUGUGGCUGCUGCCCCUGCUCUGUCUCGGCUUUUCCUUGUUUCUUCUCUUUUUACCCCCCCACCCCCACCCCAGCAUUGCAAUGACACUGAAGCAGGGGCCCUGCUCUGCCCUCACCCCCCGCCCGGCCCCUCUUGCCCUGCGGCCAGGUGCGGGGGGCAGGGGCUAUCCCUCUCGGGGCCGAGUCGCGCCUCCCGCUUUGUCGUCCUGGGGAGGAGGGCGGCUGGAGCAGGACCCCGGGGCCGGGGCCAUGAGCCAGCCCUGGCCUUUCCGUGCAACUGUGUGUGAUGAGUCUGUUGGGUCUCUGUUACCGUGUUACCUGUCUGGAGCAAUAAACAGAGUCUGUCUUUUUUAAAAUUAUAAAUAUAUAAGUAAUUAAAGCUA